UUCUUCCACCUGUAAAUAGUGGGAAAAACAGGCCAACCACCCUUGGAAGCAGCCAGUUCAGUGCACCAGGUAUGGAUGAGAGGCCGAGCCAGGCAGCAUCCUCCUGGGCCCCAGGUGGCCAGUCGUCCAGUCCCUCCUACGAGUCCUCCAGGGGUUUGGCAGACAGCCCUCAUUAUGGUGAUCAUAUGAGUGACAGUCGAUUAGUGUCCCAUGAAGGAUUGUCCCAGACACCUUUUAUGAACUCCAGCAUAAUGGGUAAAUCAGCAGAGAGGGCUCAAUUUCCAGCCUAUGGGAGAGAGCCUGGCGUGUCUGGCUGCCAGCUCAUCAGAUAA